CAGUUUUAAAGCCACGUAAUUGACAGCAUUGUGCGGAAGGUUGUGCCGGCGAAAAAUAGGUUUUAGCAAAUAAUUAAAUAAUAUUUAGAAUAAAAAUGUUUUUGAAUAAAUUAUUCGUGUUGUGUCUUUUGUAUUGUACGUGUUUUGCAAAAGAAGAGGAUGUUUUGGAGUUCAGUGACAGCGAUUUUGAGAGUAGAUUAGCCGAACAUGAAACUGCCCUCGUCAUGUUUUAUGCCCCUUGGUGUGGCCAUUGUAAAAAACUGAAACCUGAAUACGCGAAAGCUGCAGAGGACUUAAUCCGCAACGACCCUCCAAUUGCUUUAGUCAAAGUAGAUUGUACUGAGGCAGGAAAAGAAACUUGCAAUAAGCACGGUGUCAGUGGAUACCCCACGUUGAAGAUCUUCCGCAAUGGAGAAUUCUCACAGGAGUAUGGGGGUCCCCGGGAAGCUGGGGGUAUUGUCAAGUACAUGAAGGCGCAAGUGGGCCCCAGUUCCAAGGAAUUGACCAGCGUUGAAGACCUCGAAAAGUUUCUCAAAGCCGAAAAUGAUGUCUCUGUUGUCGGUUUCUUUGAAAAAGAAUCAGAUCUCAAGACCGCUUUUCUUAAACUCGCUGACAAAUUGAGAGAAAAAGUUAGAUUUGCACAUUCCACCUACAAGCCCGUUUUGGAGAAACAAGGAGUCAGUGAUGGCAUUGUGUUAUUCCGUCCCCAACACUUGCACAACAAGUUCGAAGAUAACAGUGUUGUCUACAAUGGAGGUGCCGUCACUGGUGAAAUACAAGAUUUUAUUAACAAAAACUACCAUGGCUUAGUUGGUCAUCGCAAAUCUGAUAACAGAAAUGACUUCCAGAAUCCUCUAGUAGUUGCUUAUUAUGGUGUUGAUUACGUCAAAAAUCCGAAAGGCACAAACUACUGGCGUAACAGGGUUUUGAAGGUUGCGAAACAGUACAAGGAUAAGAUCAACUUUGCUGUCAGCGCUAAAGAUGACUUCCAAUAUGAAUUAAACGAAUAUGGUAUUGACUACGUCAAGGAGGAUAAACCAGUUGUCUUAGCCAGGGACGCCAAAAACCAAAAAUUCAUUAUGAAAGAUCCCUUCUCUAUUGAGGCCUUGGACAGCUUUGUCAAGGACCUUCUUGACGGAAAACUGGAGCCUUAUUUGAAGACCGAGCCUAUUCCUGAGAACAACGACGGACCUGUGACAGUCGCCGUAGCCAAAAACUUUGAUGAAGUUGUGCUCAGUAAUGGCAAAGACACCCUGAUUGAGUUCUACGCCCCUUGGUGUGGUCAUUGUAAGAAACUUGCGCCCGUCUAUGAUGAACUCGGUGAAAAAAUGAAAAACGAGGAUGUGGCAAUUGUUAAAAUGGACGCAACGGCUAAUGAUGUUCCACAACCGUUUGAUGUACGCGGUUUCCCUACUCUGUAUUGGGCCGCUAAGGAUUCGAAAGAUAGCCCAGUUCGUUAUGAGGGCGGACGUGAAGUCGAUGAUUUCGUCAAAUAUAUCGCUAAACAUGCCUCAUCUGAGCUUAAGGGAUAUGACAGGAAGGGAAAUCCUAAAGCGGAAAAGACUGAACUUUAAGAAUGUAAAUAGUGAUUGCAGGAAUGUAAUUAUUCAAAAAAAUUCAAUAUUCUGUUUUCCAUUGUAGUUUAAAUUGUAAUUGUUUUUGUAAUUAAAUCCAGUUUCAUAAUUUUUUUUAA